AUGAACGAUAUAAAAGAUCUGGUUAAUAUUGAUGCGAAGAUAGAUUCCAUUUCCCAACAGAGAGAUGAUCUUUCAAAAGAGUUGGAUCGUGUUGAGAAGCUGAGACAGAUUGCUGCCAACAGGGAUCAAUAUUACCAGACUAUCACCGAUGAUAUUCAGAAUAAUGCACAUACGUUGGAGAACAUUGAGGAAUUGAGGGAGAAGUACGGGGACUUGCUCAUUUUGCAGGAAUUGGAAAGCAAUUUGAUCCAACAGAUGGCCUUUACCGCAAACCUGGACGAGUUGAGAUCUUUCCAAAAGAAGGUCCUACAAUUGAGCGCCUUGGAAGUUGCCGAUAUUCGAUUCCAGGAAAUAGAGAUUUUGUACAACAAUCUGCAGAGUAUCCUCUCUGAAGGUCAUUUGUUAAAGGAUGAUAACAUCGUGAGAGCGAUCCUCAACGAAUGCGAUCAUAAUUUGUUAGACAAAUACGGAAAGCACUUAUUGCAACAGUUUAACGAGAAAUUACUCCAUAUUCAAUGGGAUACACCCAGGUUUCUGCUGUCUGAUAACGAGACCGUCUCGGAAUUGCGGAAAGCAUCCUCUCAUUUGUAUCAGGUUGCCAAUCUGUACUCGUUGGAUACCAACCGUACCCUCUGGAAUUUCAAAGCUUUGACUCAUAACUUUCAGAUUAGAUUUACCUAUCAUUUCCACGACAACUCAUCUGAUAUCAAACUUUACUUCAAAUACUUGAACGAUUAUUUGAAGGAAAAUCUGUACAAGUGUAUCAACAUCUUCGAGGAUAGCUCAGUUGGGUUAGAACCUGGUAUCGUUCAUGAACAGUUCAUCAACCACGUCUUGCAACCUAUGAGAGACCAUGUAAACUUAAGUUUGGGGAAGAUCAACCUUAGGUCUUUAAUAAUGCUAAUUUCGCAGAUUGUUGCCACAGAUAAAAAUCUAAUAACUGCAUUCCAUUACCACGGUGAUGGGUUGGUUUCUCUCGUAUCGGAUAACAUUUGGGAGUCCUGGAUCAACUAUGAAACGGAGACCAUCACAAAACAAUUCACAGUCAUCACCAAAGAGCCAAAGGAUCUUUUCCAAUCAGGGCCUAAUUUUGUCACACUGUUGAAAAAGGCAUACGAGUACUUUGAACCAUUCUACGAACUUGAUCACCAGCCUAUACUGAAAUACAAACUAAAGACAUGCUCACAAAUUUUCAUGGCGUUGACAACCAAGUACUUACAGUACGUUUUGACGACUGAUACGCUGGGAGAGAAACGCACUAAGGAGGCCGAACUUGAGCAAACCAUGACCAAGUUAGAGCUUUUGAACAUGGUUUAUCAGAAAGUGUUUGAGUUAAGCGGAAUGGAUAUCUUUAUCAAACUGACUAAAUUGGUCAACGAAACAGAGUCAGAGGAGUAUAUCACACUUCUACAGAAUAUACUGAAGGAUUACGAAAACGACAUGGAAUUUGACCUCCAAAAUUCAAUCAUCCACAGGAUUCAAAAGUUGGUCAAGGAGUCCCUGAAAACGUAUUUUAAAACAGAAUCCUGGGUCCUCAGUGAAACUUUGAACGACGCUCCUAAAACCGAAGUUAUUAGUGCAAUCAACCUCCUAAGGAAAGUCAUUACAAAACUCUCAGCAUUGAAUAUCCCCGAGAAUAUCUUGUUUAACAUUAAAAACGAGUUACUCAACAUCAUCGUAAAUUACUUCCUCGAGUCCAUACUGAAAUUGAACAGGUUCAACCAGCAGGGACUGGCCCAGUUUAACUUGGAUUUCUGUGCCGUCAAGGACACAUUGGAACUACCUGAAGAUUUAUAUAACGUUCAGGAAGCCAUCCUAUUGGAAAUUCUAAAAGUCUUGACGUUGAAGUACGAUUCCCAUGUCUCGAAAUUUAUCUCAUCCUCAUACAUCAAAAACGGCGAGUUCCAAAGCUUGAGAGACUACUUAUCGAUACGGUGGUUGAAAGACACAGAAAUUCAGGAUGCAUUAUACAGGGUUAGUUAUGGGAAUAUUAUCUGA